UUUUGGAAAAAUAAAUAGAAGACCAUUUUACAUUACAAAAUUUAAAAAAUGAGACCUUAGCAAAGCCCAGCAGCUCUUCACCAACGUACAACUCCAAUGGCCUCCGCCACCUCCUCCUCCGUCUUCCUCCUUCCGCCACAGCUACUGGGCCGCCGUCAAAGUACAAGCCUCCCAUGCACCAAAACCAUCUCUUUCCCGCCACUCCCCCUUCCUCCUCUCACUAUUAGGAGGCGCCGCCGGUUCACUCCCUCUCCCAUCUCUUCAUCGUUGAAGGAAAAAAUCGGUGGGAUUAGAAAAACAUGGAGUGACUUGAGUAGCUUGAACUAUUGGGUGGUUAAGGAUUAUUACAGACUCGUGAGUUCCGUAAAUUCGCUGGAACCCCACAUUCAGAAGCUCUCAGAUGAACAGUUGAGAGCCAAGACUGGGGAAUUUCGCCAGCGGUUGAUACAGGGAGCCGCUCUAGCUGAUAUUCAAGCUGGGGCAUUUGCUGUAGUUCGUGAAGCUGCAAAAAGGAAGCUUGGAAUGCGCCAUUUUGAUGUUCAGAUUAUUGGUGGAGCUGUGCUUCAUGAUGGGUCGAUUGCGGAGAUGAAAACUGGGGAAGGGAAAACCUUAGUUUCCACUUUAGCAGCUUAUCUCAAUGCUCUGAGUGGGGAGGGUGUUCAUGUGGUUACAGUAAAUGAUUACCUUGCUCAACGCGAUGCUGAAUGGAUGGGUCGUGUGCAUCGUUUCCUAGGUCUCUCAGUUGGACUUAUCCAAAGAGGGAUGACACCUGAGGAGCGAAGAUCAAACUAUCAAUGUGACAUUACAUACACUAAUAAUUCGGAACUUGGAUUUGAUUAUUUGCGUGAUAAUCUUUCUACAAGCAGCGAACAACUUGUCAUGAGAUGGCCAAAGCCCUUCCAUUUUGCUAUAGUUGAUGAAGUCGAUUCUGUCCUCAUUGAUGAAGGACGAAAUCCUUUGUUGAUAAGUGGUGAGGCAAGUAAAGAUGCAGCACGAUAUCCAGUGGCUGCUAGAGUAGCUGAGUUGCUCAUACGAGGGCUUCAUUACAAUGUUGAGCUUAAGGAUAAUUCUGUGGAGCUCACUGAGGAAGGAAUAGUACUGGCUGAGAUGGCGUUAGAAACAAAUGACUUAUGGGAUGAGAAUGACCCUUGGGCUAGGUUUGUUUUAAAUGCAUUAAAAGCCAAAGAAUUCUACCGCCGAGAUGUGCAAUACAUUGUUCGAAAUGGAAAGGCUCUUAUAAUCAAUGAGUUGACUGGUAGAGUAGAAGAAAAAAGACGAUGGUCUGAGGGCAUCCAUCAGGCGGUGGAGGCCAAAGAAGGGCUCAAGAUCCAGGCUGAUUCUGUUGUUGUGGCACAAAUUACUUACCAAUCACUAUUCAAACUAUAUCCCAAGCUUUCAGGGAUGACUGGGACUGCCAAAACUGAGGAGAAGGAAUUCUUGAAAAUGUUUCAAAUGCCAGUAAUCGAAGUGCCCACAAAUAUGCCAAACAUUCGUAAAGAUUUACCAAUUCAGGCAUUUGCAACAGCUCGAGGAAAAUGGGAAUAUGUUCGUGCGGAAAUCGAGUAUAUGUUUAGGCUUGGCCGGCCCGUAUUGGUUGGGACUACUAGUGUUGAAAAUUCUGAACAUCUCUCUGCUUUGUUGAGGGAAAGAAAUAUACCCCACAAUGUCCUUAAUGCACGCCCAAAGUAUGCCGCUAGAGAAGCUGAGAUUGUGGCCCAGGCAGGUAGAAAACAUGCAAUUACUUUGUCAACAAAUAUGGCUGGCCGAGGAACUGACAUUAUCCUAGGAGGAAAUCCAAAGAUGCUCGCUAAAGAAAUCUUGGAGGACACUUUGCUUUCAUCUCUCACACAGAAUGUUCCUGAUGUUGAAAUUGAUUCAGCGACAAGUUCUGAAAAGGUCUUAUCUAAGGUGAUGGUUGGUCCAGCAUCAUUAGGCUUACUAGCUAAGACAGCUCUCAUGUCUAAAUAUGUAUGCAAAAGCGAGGGUAAGAGAUGGACUUAUGACGAGGCAAGAAAUAUGAUUUCAGAGUCUAUCGAAUUAAGCCAGUCAAUGGAAUCAACAGAGUUGCAGAAGCUUGUAAAUGAGCAGACAGAGAUGUACCCUCUUGGUCCAUCUAUAGCUCUUGCUUAUCUAUCAGUUCUAAAGGAAUGUGAAUCUCACUGUUGUAAUGAAGGGUUAGAGGUGAAAAAGCUCGGAGGUCUUCAUGUGAUCGGAACUUCUUUACAUGAGUCGCGGAGGAUUGAUAACCAGCUCCGAGGCAGAGCAGGAAGGCAAGGAGAUCCUGGAUCAACACGGUUUAUGGUGAGUUUGCAGGAUGAGAUGUUUCAGAAGUUCAAUUUUGACACUGAGUGGGCAGUAAAACUUAUUUCUAGAAUCACAAAUGAUGAGGAUAUACCAAUCGAGGGUCAUUCAAUUGUGAAACAGCUUUUGUCCCUUCAAAUUAACGCUGAGAAAUACUUUUUCAGCAUUAGAAAGAGUCUCGUGGAGUUUGAUGAAGUUUUAGAGGUGCAAAGAAAACAUGUCUAUGAGCUUCGUCAGUUGAUAUUAACAGGCGAUUCUGACAGUUGUUCACAGCAUAUUUUCCAGUACAUGCAAGCAGUGGUGGAUGAAAUUAUUUUCAAGAAUGUGGAUCCUGCAAAGCAUCCAAGCAGCUGGAGUUUGGGAAACCUUUUGAACGAAUUUAAUGUCAUUUCUGGAAAAUUGUUAAAUGACUUAUUUGCAGGGGUUACUGAAGAACAUUUGCUGCAAUCACUCACCCAAGUUCAUGGCUUGAGUUCCAUUUACAUUGAUGAAUUUCACCUUCCAAGUUUGCCUAAACCUCCAAAUGCCUUUCAAGGCAUCCGGAUGAAGAGCUUGUCAUUGAAACGCUGGCUAACAAUAUGUUCUGAUGAUUCAAUGAAAGAUGGGAAAUUCCGGCCAACUGUUAAUCUUCUUUGCAAGUACCUUGGAGAUUUUUUAAUUGCUUCAUAUCUUGAUGUUAUUCAAGAAUCAGGCUAUGACAGUGCUUAUGUGAAGGAAAUUGAGAGGGCAGUUCUUGUGAAAACUCUUGAUUGCUUCUGGAGGGAUCAUCUUGUGAACAUGAACAGACUUAGUUCAGCGGUGAAUGUGAGAAGUUUCGGGCAUAGAAAUCCGCUUGAAGAAUACAAAAUUGAUGGCUGUCGAUUUUUCAUUUCAAUGCUUAGUGCUACACGGAGGGUAACUGUGGAAUCUCUGCUGCGGUACUGGUCAUCCCCUAUGGAGUCUCAAGAAUUAUUUGUAUAGAAGCAUACAAAUUCCUCUGCUGAAGGACAGAUGUUAGGUUUGAUGGAUUAUAACUUCCCCUUGCUACACAUGAUGGGCUUGCUCCAAUUUGAGGGAAUGAUAUUCUGUUAUGCAGCGUGAGAGAAUGGCAUUAAGGAGUUAUAUCUUGGGAAGUGAUCGAAUCCUGUUAUGGCAGCAAAAGAAUUCAGCUCCAUCCGUUGGAAGCAACUGACCUCAAAGAACCUAAAAAUGUUGGCCACAUUAUCACUCAACAACUUGCUGCAGUUAUGGAGAACAUUAUUCAAUAUUCCUACAGAAAACCGCUGACACUGAGCCAACUCACGUGCUUGGGCUGGAUUCUUGACCAAAUAUCGAGAUGGCAAAUUGGUCGCUUGACUAUUAUCGAGAACUCAAGUUUUUAGCACUGUGAAACACCAUACUCGUCGUAUAAUCUGACCCCAAACAAACAGAUUUCUGAUCACACUUAAGUUUCAACAGGUUUGUGAUUGUACGAUAACAUCCGAAGAUCUCCAAACCUAUAUAUUCUAUCUGGAAACGACGUGUACAUUCGACACAUAUGUACGAGCUAAUAGAAAGAUCAUUUGUGGUCCCUUUGUGGUGUAUAUGCCUGCCAUCAGCACAUAAUAAUUCACUUGGUAGAAACAAGACGAACUUAUGAGAUUGAUUUUGUGGCCGAUCAUCUUUUGUUGUAAGGACAAAUAAGUGUUGUUAUGUCUGA